AUGGGAGAUUAUCGAAGUCUUUCGCACUGUUGUGCGCUCUAUUCCGCGGUGGGAAUCAUUUUCAUGGUGUGGGUUGGGAUCAUGUUGAUACAUCAGCCAUUCUUUGUCGGAGGAAUUGAAGAUGUGGAAAAAUCCAAGACAAGCGCCUUUGGAGCUGCAGGAACUUUCUUUCUCACCUUUCUAAUAUCGAUAAUUUACCUCAUGGUGGAUACCCAAGUCGGCGGCUUUGAGAAUUGGGCAAGCGGAAACGUCAACAAUUCGCGCCCAACAAGAAGAGAAUAUGACUUAGUUUCAGCUGUGCCAGAGUACCAUCCGGAUGACGAUGAAGACGACCAUGAAUUUGCAAGUUUCACUUAG